AUGGCUUCUUCAUCAAUAUCGCUGUAUGAAGUUCUUGGAAUUCCGGCAAGUGCCACCCGGCACGAGAUAAAGGCGGCCUACCGGAGACUGGCACGACAGUACCAUCCCGACGUCGUAUCAAUGACCAAGAAAGACACGCCAGCUAACGAGUUCAUGAAGAUUCACACGGCCUACUCGACGCUGUCGGAUCCCAGCAAACGCGCCAGCUACGACUGUACCCUGUUCUGGCCGGCGACGGCGAGAGGAGCGCCUUCGUCCAUUUCGACGGCUGCCUUCGCCGGCGGGUACCGUCACCGGACGUGGGAGACUGACCAGUGCUGGUAGCUGGGGCUGUCUUCUGAAUUGUCUUCUCAUAAUAAUUUU